AAGCACCUUAAUAUUUGUAUUAUUGAAAAAAAAAAAAUCUAUACAUAAUUAGUAAUUGUUUAAUGAAAUUAUUUCUUAGUACUAGUUAUAGAAUUUUAGUUUUCUAAUAUAUUUUAAAAACUUAUUCAAUUCUUUUAAUAAAAACAAAUUUGACACAAAGUAACAUACAAAAUUAAUAACAAUAUUGUAUACUUUUAUUUGAAAAAUGUCUCCGAAAAUAGCAUAUUUGACAAGAAAGGAACACAUAUCGUCAUCACACAGAUUGCAUAGUUCUCAAUUAAGCGAUGAAGAAAAUAAAAAAAUAUAUGGAAAAUGUAAUAAUUUUUGGGGUCAUGGACAUAAUUACACUGUCGAAGUUACUGUUAAGGGACCAGUUGAUCCAAUUACUGGAAUGGUAAUGAAUAUUACAGAUUUAUCACAUUACAUGAAUGACGUAUUAAUGACAAGAUUAGAUCAUAAAAAUCUCGAUAAAGAUGUACCAUACUUUGAAUCAAUAGUAUCAACAUCUGAAAAUGUGGCAAUUUAUAUUUUUGAUGAAUUGAAAAAAUUACUUCCAAAACCGGAAUUACUUUACGAAGUAAAACUUUAUGAAACUGAUAAGAAUAUUGUUAUCUACAGAGGAGAAUGAAUUAUUUAUUAAUGUUAUUAUAGCUCUAAUAUGAAUAUAAAUAAAUUGUAGUUUUAAUUUUUAAAAUAAUAAUUCACAUAUUUUUAUAUAUAUAUAUAAUAAAUUUAUUUAUACGUAAAAACAUGUAUAUAAAUAUAUUUACAUGACACAGAUCACAGUUCGUGUAGAUAUAUAUAUUAAAAAAAAUUCUUUAAAUUGAAAUAUAAAAUUAUUGAAAAUGUAAAUUAA